CACCACUGCCCCCUCCCCACGCUCUCCGCUCCUCCGCUCUCCUUCCUCCUCCUCUUUUACCCGCUCCCGAGUCCCGAUCGCCCCGGACUCCCACAGCCGCAGCGAACAAAUCCGCGGCCAGGGCGAGAGCGAGCUCGUGAGGAGAGGCAAGGGAAAGAGCGCGAAGGGAAAGCAGGUACGCAAGGUCAGACGAAGUUUGUGUCGAGGAACAAAGGAGAGGAAAAAUGUCGCCUGCGGAGGCAUCCCGCGAGGAGAAUGUGUACAUGGCAAAGCUUGCCGAGCAGGCUGAGCGUUAUGAGGAAAUGGUUGAAUUCAUGGAGAAGGUGGCAAAGACCGCUGAUGUUGGUGAGCUUACAGUUGAGGAACGUAACCUGCUUUCUGUGGCUUACAAGAAUGUGAUUGGCGCUCGGAGGGCAUCGUGGAGGAUCAUCUCUUCUAUCGAGCAGAAGGAGGAGAGCCGUGGUAACGAGGCAUACGUUGCAUCAAUUAAGGAGUACCGUAGCAGGAUUGAAACCGAGCUCAGCAAGAUCUGUGAUGGUAUCCUCAAGCUUCUGGAUUCCCACCUUGUCCCCUCUGCCACAGCUGCAGAGUCUAAGGUGUUCUACCUUAAAAUGAAGGGUGAUUACCACAGGUACCUUGCUGAGUUUAAGUCAGGAGCUGAGAGGAAGGAAGCAGCUGAGAACACUCUUGUGGCAUACAAGUCUGCUCAGGAUAUUGCACUUGCUGAACUGCCUACAACUCACCCGAUAAGGCUUGGACUUGCACUGAACUUUUCAGUGUUCUACUAUGAGAUUCUCAACUCACCAGACCGUGCUUGCAACCUUGCAAAGCAAGCGUUUGAUGAUGCUAUUGCUGAGCUGGACACCCUCGGCGAGGAGUCUUACAAGGACAGCACCUUGAUCAUGCAACUUCUUCGUGACAAUCUGACUCUCUGGACCUCCGACAAUGCGGAGGACGGUGGUGACGAGAUCAAGGAAGCGGCGAAGCCUGAAGGAGAGGGUCACUAAUCAGACCUGAAGUCUAUUUCUGAGUCCAUUUACUCAGCUAUCUGUAUUACGGGAUCAUAAGAUGUACUAGGAUCGAUUGCCAUGUGGAAUCAUAAGAUGUAGGGCUGCUUAAGUGCGUAUUUCAAAAUAUGUCGAGCUGAAGUACCCAGUGGACACUGUUAUGUGCACUACAUUGCUUCUGUGACUUAUUUACUAGUUAAUUAGCAACGUUCAAGGACUUCCUGUAUUUUGCAGCACAUUAUUAGUACCGCUGUAUUAGCAUUUUCCAUUGGCUGGUUAUGAUUGAGAAUACAUGCCAGGCAUUGUCUGUCUUGAUUUGUA